GCUUCCUAACAUAGCAAUAAAAAAAAUAAUAAUAAUUUAGUUUUUUUAUUUUUUUUAAAUUAAAAAUUUAUAUAUACCUUUCUCCUCAUUUUCAAAUAUUACUUUUCAUAUAUACAACACCCCGCUCCCAUCCAACACUUCUCCACCACCACAGUUAGAGGCGGCGCGACGGCUCUUUCCAUCUCCGCCGCCGACGCCGCCUAAUCAUUCCAUUUCUUAAACCGAAUUCCUUGUUUUCUUUCUUUCUAGGAUGAGAGAUCUUGAGCCAAUGGCAAAAAAUUUGUAUUUGUCAUCCUCCUCAUCAUCGCCAUCAUUGUGCGGAUCAGAAUCGGAGGAGUUGAAGAGAAUGCCAUUGGCGCCUACCGCGAUGUUGAAGAAUAAGAAGCGGUUAUCGAAACAGCUGUCAAUGUGCGAGACUCGAAGGGACAUUGCUUGGGAAAAGAGGAGGCGUCAGAUUCUGAUGCAAGAAAGGAGAAAGAAUGGAAUUCCUGAUUCCGAUGAUUUGACCGACGAAGACAUGAAUGAGCUUAAGGGAUGUAUAGAACUCGGGUUUGGAUUCAAUGAAGAAGAAGGGCAACGAUUGUGCAAUACGUUGCCGGCUUUGGAUCUUUAUUUUGCUGUAAAUAGAGGGCUUUCGCCUAGCCCAGUAUCCACGCCGCAGCGGAAGUCCACAUCGUCGUUAGGCAGGAGGUCGUCGUCGUUUGGCAGCCCCACCAGCGAAUCAGAUUGGAAAAUAUGCAGCCCAGGGGAUGAUCCUCAACAUGUGAAGACGAAGUUGAGGCACUGGGCCCAGGCCGUGGCAUGUUCAGUAUUGCAGUCUUAUUGAUCAAAGUGUGGGAUUGGCUUGUACUUGUACAGAAACAAAACUCAACUCAUGUUCGUGGACAAGAAAUUAAUUAGGGUUUCAUUUAGUCGGUCUGGCUGAUUGGAUUUUCUUGUCAACUUUGGUUAAAUGGUUUUUGAGUUCAAUUCCCUUUUUUUUUUUUUUUCAUCCAAGUUUCCUUCGGGGGCAGAGCAAUAAUUGUAACCUAUUUUGCCUCUUUUUCACUUGGAAAUUUCCAAUUGAUGGGGUUUUACCAUUUUUUUUACUGGUCGAGUCGUAUUCGACAAAUUACAUUACCAUCAGUUUUUAGAUACAUAUAAAUAAUGUAAUCCUAAUCCAACUCCUUCAUCAUUUAUGUUCCUUCAA